CUGUACUUGUGUGGGGGAUUCCUACUUGGGCCUUCAAUACAUCACCAUGAUGGAUGACGGCGACAACAUGAUGGACGAGUCCGGCGGCUACCAGGCGUACCGUGAACGGUCCAAUGCGACCGUUGCUACACGCAAUGGCCCGCUCUUGCGCGUGAUUCGGCCUCCGAACGAUCAAGAAACGGACUCGAAGCGCACCGAGUUGAUUGUGAAUGCCGAGGAAUUGCUUGGCCAUGACAUGGAGGAUCUGAAGGACGCGACGCACGUGCGCAACUUGGAGAUCCAAACGCACUUUGACGCCAUCAACGAGCGCAGCCGGCACUUUGAAGAGAAACUCGGCGCCGAAAUGAAAGCCCGCGACGAGUCGAUCGCGGAGCUCCGCGCGGGCGUCAUGCGGGCGUUCGAAGGCGCGUUUAGUGCGAUGGAGGCCAAGGCUGGCGCGGCGUUCGACCUGCGCUUGAACGACACGAUCCUGGCCCAAGACACUAGGGAAACCAACGUGCAAGUGCACUUUCACGAGUUUAUCCACGUGACUGUGCCGGGGAUCAUCGAGGCGCUGCAAGGCACGGUCACGCGACGGUUGGACAAAUCGCAUGAGACAUUUGACAUUGACAACACCAAACUGGUGAAACGAGAAAAGAAAAUGACCAAUCAGGUCGAGUCCCACGAACGCAAGACGGCGCAGGCGUUCAUGGACGAGAAGGACCGCCGGUCGACGACGUUCAUAGCGCUCCAGGAAGGGAUCCACACCACCAUGCGAACGGACGACAGGCAGGCGGAGAAGAAGCAGAAUGGCAUGAUCGACACGAUUGUGGCCUUGAAGAGCCAGUAUGACGAAGAGCGACGGGUGCGCGAAGCGGAAGACGCCGAGCUGCUCGAGAAGGUGUCGAGUGCGAUGGAGCGGUUACACAGGAGCAUCUUGGACUCGUUUGGCGAAGUAAAGGACAUGGACGACGGGCAUGGUGUUGGGACGACUCCUGGCGAUCACAACAACGGAGACUAGAAUUCGAUAUUCCACAUCAUCUUUUU